GUACAAAAACAAAAAGAGAGCGCCAAAAUUUAUUGCAAUUCCGGAUCCCCCGUAUAUAUACUGAUGCUUAAUAGGGUGGCACUGGCACAUACCCGCCCAACUCUCUCACUCGCACACAAAAACCCUUUUUGACUCCUCAAAUUCUUUAGUCUAGGGUUCUUCUUCUUCUUCUCCAACCGCCAUGGAGGGCUUCUCUUCUCAGCCGUCCGAUUCCAAUCCAACGGCUUCCGGCGCUUCCAUUUCCCUCCAAAACCUCCCCUCCCGCGGCCUCUUCUCCGCCCCCGUUCUCUCUUUGAAUCCGGGUAGGAUACGAGUUUGUGUCUGUGAGUACGAGACAUCACUUCCAGAGGAUGAACAUAUAAAGACAAACCAACAAAACAUUUUGAUUAGAUCACUUAAGCUCAAGAAACAGAAGGACAAUUCAAAGGAUGUGAAGGGAGCAGGUGCAGCUGAAGGCUCAAGAAAGAGGGUUGCUGAGAGAGUUUUGGAUAACCGGGCGCCAGCUAAGAAAGCCACUAUGAUACCUCGACAAGAGGAAUCAAGUAGUCAAGCAGCUGGUAGGGACUUCCAGGGAUUAACUGUAGAGAGGCUCCGUGCCCUUCUGAAGGCUAAAGGGCUUUCUGUAAAGGGAAAGAAGGAGGAAUUGAUUGCACGGCUGAGAAGUUCAAGUGGUUGAGGAUAUAGGCAAUAGUUUCAGGUGGUGUGGUAACAGUUCAUCUCUGUAUCAGUGUAUGUGUACUUUAGGGGAAGAAAAGUAACGCCGGUUCUUGUUUAUGUAAACUAGGAAUGUAGUAGCUGGAAUUAUGGAUAACUGAAAUGGAGACCUUGGGAGAUUAUGGCUUGACUUCUGCCCUUUCAACUUUGAUUUUGAGCGCCAGUAUUGUUGGACCUUGAUGCAGAAGAUCAUUGUUAUUAUUCCUGGGUUUUGGCACUGUUGUAAUAUGAAUUUUUCUUUUUUGUGAGCUCCCAAAAUCAUGAGCAAGUUGUUUGCACUCUAGCUUUAUGCAACGAUGCCUUCCUUGAUGAGAA